AUGUCACCCAAAUUCCUGGCGCCCGUCUUCCUCCUGUCUGUCCUUCAGAGCUGUUCUUUAACAAUCGAGUACGAAGAGGAGGACUACGAGGAUGUCACUGUGAACCAAAUGCUGGCUCCUAAAUCCCAGGAAACCGACGCCACGGAAAUACUCAACAAUUUACUGAAAGAAUAUGAUAAGAAGCUGCGGCCAGAUAUCGGAGGUAAACCAACUGUUAUAGAUGUUGAUAUAUUUGUGAACAGCAUUGGACCAGUGUCUUCAAUAAAUAUGGAAUACCAAAUAGACAUCAUCUUUGCCCAGACGUGGACAGACAGUCGUCUCAGAUACAACAGCACAAUGAAAAAAUUGACUUUGAACAGCAAUAUGGUUGGCCUUAUUUGGCUACCAGAUACCAUCUUUAGAAACUCCAAGAGUGCAGAUUCCCACUGGAUUACAGUGCCUAACCAGCUGCUCAGAAUAUGGAACGAUGGGAAGAUACUUUACACCUUAAGACUGACAAUAAACGCAGAAUGCCAGCUGCAGCUGCACAACUUUCCAAUGGACGAACACUCCUGUCCGCUCGUCUUCUCCAGCUAUGGAUACCCACGAGAUGAGAUGAUUUACAGGUGGAGGAAGAACUCUGUGGAGGCGGCUGACCAAAAGUCCUGGCGUCUCUACCAGUUUGAUUUCAUGGGCCUGAGAAACACUACCGACAUCAUAAAGACUACAGCAGGUGACUACGUGUUGAUGACCGUGUACUUUGACCUGAGUAGAAGAAUGGGCUACUUCACCAUCCAGACUUACAUCCCCUGCAUUCUCACCGUGGUCCUCUCCUGGGUGUCCUUCUGGAUCAAAAAAGACGCCACGCCAGCCAGAACGGCUUUAGGUAUAACCACAGUGCUGACUAUGACCACCCUCAGUAGUGUGGCCAGGACAUCUCUACCCAGAGUGUCUUAUGUCACUGCCAUGGACCUUUUUGUCACUGUCUGCUUCCUGUUUGUCUUUGCUGCUUUGAUGGAGUAUGCAACAUUAAAUUACUAUUCAUACAGUGCUCGAAGACCCAGCUGCAUGAAACCUAAACGAUUGAACUAUUCUGUCCUGGAUGUGAGACCUCCACACACCAUCAUCACUCUAAACAACUCCAUGUACUGGCAGGACUUUGAGGACACUUGUGUCUACGAGUGUCUAGACGGAAAAGACUGCCUGAGCUUCUUCUGCUGCUUCGAGGAGUGUAAAGGCGGUGGCUGGAGAAAAGGUCGUGUCCACAUAGAUUUACUUGACCUGGACGCUUACUCGCGUGUCUUUUUUCCCACCUCCUUCUUGCUGUUUAACAUUGUUUACUGGGUAGGCUAUCUCUACCUUUAGCACACUGUUUGGUGACAGAAAAUGGACAGUGCAGUUUGACAGAAAUCCAAGAUUAAUAAAGAGGUGACGCCAAAUAAACUCUUUCCUGUGCUAUCUGGAGCGGUUACCUGGAGACAAAAAGACAGCGUGCAUCUGCGGGCCUGUGCCAAGCAGAGAUUUCUGCCUCUAUGACUUCAGGUUUGGUAAUAGGACACAUUACUGAUUCCCUUCAAUAUGCUGUACACAGAGGGAGGACAGGAUGGACUGUGUGCUAACGACCAUCUAAAGGCAAAGAAGGAAAUGUGCUUUGCACUGCAACCCCUAACUUCUCAAUCAGGAGGAUGACUUGUGUUGUAGGGAAUGUACCGGCACGUAAUUAUCCAGACAUCAGUUCAUCCAAGGACGUUCAAACCAUUCUUAGUGCCUUCCUCUGGAGGGGUAGAUGAUAUCUGCUACAGUAAUCAGGGAAUAAUGAUUUAUAAAAAAUAGAGGAGCCCGGCUUUGACUGGUUACGGCUGUUCUUAUUCAGAGCAUUGAGUUACAUUUAUAAAACAAGCAUUUGUUGUAACUAAAAUUAUUAGGUUUUUAUCUCUUCAUACUGACAUUAGGCAUGACUCAUUCCUCCUGCUUGCAACAGUAUAGUAGCCCGAUACAGUAUGAGAAAUGAACUGGUUCCCAGGGAAGAGAGUGGUUUGAAUAAACCUUACAGCAGAAAGAAUACUAAUACAGUAUGUGCUUUAUUGGCAUAACUGUUUGUUAGUGGAUGUGAAGUCAAAGAUUUAAAUGCUUAUUUUGGACAGAGUGCUAACAGGCACACAUCUCAUCUCAUCAGACCACCAACACUUUCAAUGACAUGUUUUUGAAAUACCUUUUAAGGGACUAGUUUUGGAUAAUUUAGGAAUUGGCUUUCUUGCUAAGAGUGAGAUGAGAAACUGGAUACCACUCUCACGUCUGUGGCCUUCAGCAUGCUGAAUAGCAGCUACAGUCUGCAGCCGGUUAGCAUAGCCCGGUUUUCAGCCUUCAUGCUAGCUAACAGCUAGCCUGGCCAUGUCUGAAGGCAAUCUAAUUGUCCUGCCACCUCUUUGGAUUUUGUACAUAUUAAACAAACAACACAUAAUUUGUUAUUUACAUUACAUUACAUUUAUUUUCUGCGAGUGAGUUUGUAUUUAUGGACAUUUUCAGGCUAGCCAUUAGCCCCUUUUUCUUAUUCUUUAUGCUAAUGUGGCUGCUGGCUGUAGCUUCGUAUUCAUCAUUUGGAUGCCCAAAUUAAAUAUAAUGGGUGUCAUUUGUACAUUACUGUAGGCACAAAUAUGAUAAUCCCACUCAUCAGGAUCACUCAUCUCUGUUUGGUCGUUGACUCUUAUUUGCAUGCGAUAGACAGUUAUAAAUGACCCUGAAGAAGUUCUAAUACAUUCUGGGAUUGAAUUAUGGUUUUAAUAAGGACUGUUUGUAUUAUAAUUUGAUUCUGUGUUUGUAUUUGGCAUUAGCAACCAUUGAGUCGCCUUAGUGUAGUCUGCCCAGAGCUGAGAUGAACACCAGAAUAUAUAUUUACCUCUUAUAAUAACCUCAUCAUGAGGAAGACCUCAUUUCAGCGAUGGUUACGUCUUUACCUUGGGCAGUAUACUUUUUAAAUCCCUCUGUUUUCUUUUUAUUAUGUGGACUACAUAUGCCAAAUAUUUCACACAUGUGCCCAUUUAUGUUUUCAGGCACUUAUGAACAACACUAAAAUCUUUAAUUACUGCACAAAUAGUCCGUACAGUGCAGUAGUGAAAUUCUUAAGACAUAUAUAAAUAUAAAGUUGUCUUUUUAAUAGUGGGGUGUUGACCGAUUGGCAGGGUUGAUGCUGUGUUCACACUGUGGCAGUAUGCAGUCGAUUUGAAACUGAACAGUCGUUAUUUCCAACAGGAGAAGAACAGUAAACUCCGCCAGCACUGGUGCAAAGUGCCGCCUACUGUGCCUGCAGAUAAACUGAUGCUGAAUGAAAAUGGAUGCAGCUCCGUGUUAGUGCACCUGUGUAUCGCGUCUCCUCAGCCAACACAAAGUACUGACAGCUGUUCUUCUUUCUUCUGGCUGUCUUACAGCUGCAAAGAAUAAUCCAUUAGUUGUCAAAUAUAAAAUUAUUCGCAAACUAUUUUGAUAAUCGUUUGAGUCAUUUUUUAU